AUGGGGGUCACCUUCCUCCAGGCCAACCUCAACCACUCCGCUAGGGCGCAGGAUCUCCUCCUGCAAUCCAUGGCGGAGUGGGAUUUGGAUGUCGCGGUGGUCGCGGAGCCGUACGCGGUUCCCUCCCUGCCCCACUGGGCGGGGGAUCUGGAUGACCUCGUGGCCAUCGUGGCUAGGCCUGGUGCCGCCCCUCCCCUCGCGAUUAAGAAGAGAGGGAACGGCUUUGUGGUGGCGGUUCGGGGAGAGUACGCCAUAAUUGGUGUUUACUUCUCCCCGAACCGGGAUUUGCCGGCCCUGGAGCGGUUCUUGGAUGCCCUGGGGCCGGAGAUAAGGCGGUUAGCGCCCCUAAAGGUCUUCGUGGCCGGUGACUUCAACGCCAAAUCAACGGCGUGGGGGAACCCGGCCACGGAGCCCAAGGGGCGAAAGGUGGAAGAAACCCCAGAAUGGAGCAGACCAGGACCCCCUGGCAGCACCCGUUCACGAGUUGACGCAUGGGUCAGCCAUCGCAAAGCUCAACCAUAUUGGAGGGAACCUCACGACCCGGCCCACGACGCCGCCGCCAGAUUGACCAUUUUCGUGAGCAUGACGUACUCCAUUUUGUAG